CAGCCCCUGCAGCCCCUGCAGUCCCUCGCUGGGCCUGCACCUCUGGAGCUGCCGCAGCGGGAACCGCAAAAGCUUGGUGGUGGGGACGCCGUCCCCGACCCUCUCCCGGCCCCUGUCGCCGCUGUCCAUCCCCACCGCAGGCAGCAGCCCCUUGGACAGCCCGCGGAACUUCUCCGCUGCAUCCGCUGUGAACUUCCCCUUCGCCCGCAGGGCUGACGGCAGAAGAUGGUCCCUCGCGUCCCUCCCGUCUUCCGGCUAUGGAACCAACACGCCCAGCUCCACCGUCUCGUCAAGCUCAUCCUCCCGGGAGCGUCUCCAUCAGCUUCCCUUCCAGCCGACGCCGGACGAGCUGCGCUUCCUGUCCAAGCAUUUCCGCAGCUCCGAGAGCGUGGUGGACGAGGAGGGUGGCCGCUCGCCCCGCCUGCGCCCUCGUUCCCGCAGCCUCAGCCCGGGCCGCGCCACCGGCAGCUUCGAUAAUGAGAUUGUGAUGAUGAACCACGUGUACCGGGAGCGGUUCCCCAAGGCUACCGCCCAGAUGGAGGGCCGGCUGCAGGAAUUCCUGGCCGCCUACGCGCCCGGCGCCCGGCUGGCUCUGGCCGACGGCGUCCUGGGCUUCAUCCAUCACCAGAUCGUGGAGCUGGCCCGGGACUGCCUGGCCAAGUCCGGAGAGGCGCUGGUCACCUCCCGCUACUUCCUGGAGAUGCAGGAGAAGCUGGAGCGGCUGCUGCACGACGCUCACGAGCGGUCGGACAGCGAGGAAGUUGGCUUCAUCGUCCAGCUGGUCCGGAAGCUGCUGAUCAUCAUCUCGCGGCCGGCUCGGCUCCUCGAGUGCCUGGAGUUCGACCCUGAGGAGUUCUACCACCUGCUGGAGGCCGCCGAGGGCCAGGCGCGCGAGGGCCAGGGCAUCAAGACCGACCUGCCGCAGUACAUCAUCGGGCAGCUGGGCCUGGCCAAGGACCCGCUGGAGGAGAUUGAGCCUCUGAGUGACAUUGACGGAGGACAGCCCCCUGCACCUGAGUCACCAGAGAACCGUGCCCUGGGCGGCCCGUCACGGAGAAAGCCGUGUGAGAGCGACUUUGAGACAAUCAAGCUCAUCAGCAAUGGGGCCUACGGGGCUGUGUACCUGGUGCGGCACCGCGACACGCGGCAGCGCUUCGCCAUCAAGAAGAUCAACAAGCAGAACCUGAUGCUGCGCAACCAGAUCCAGCAGGUGUUUGUGGAGCGCGACAUCCUCACCUUCGCGGAGAACCCCUUCGUGGUCAGCAUGUUCUGCUCCUUCGAGACCCGCCGCCACCUGUGCAUGGUCAUGGAGUAUGUGGAAGGCGGCGACUGCGCCACCCUGCUGAAGCACAUGGGCCCGCUGCCGGUGGACAUGGCGCGCAUGUACUUCGCGGAGACGGUGCUAGCCCUUGAGUACCUGCACAACUACGGCAUCGUGCACCGCGACCUCAAGCCUGACAACCUGCUCAUCACCUCGCUGGGCCACAUCAAGCUGACCGACUUCGGGCUGUCCAAGAUCGGGCUCAUGAGCAUGGCCACCAACCUGUACGAGGGCCACAUCGAGAAGGACGCCCACGAGUUUGUGGACAAGCAGGUGUGCGGGACCCCCGAGUACAUCGCCCCCGAGGUGAUCUUCCGCCAGGGCUACGGGAAGCCGGUGGACUGGUGGGCCAUGGGCGUCAUCCUGUAUGAGUUCCUGGUGGGCUGCGUGCCCUUCUUCGGGGACACGCCGGAGGAGCUGUUCGGGCAGGUGGUCAGCGAUGAGAUCAUGUGGCCGGAUGGGGACGAGGCGCUUCCCGCGGACGCCCAGGACCUCAUCACCAGGCUGCUUAGGCAGAGCCCGAUGGACCGACUGGGCACUGGGGGCACCCACGAGGUCAAACAGCACCCUUUCUUCCUGGGCCUGGACUGGGCGGGGCUGCUGCGACACAAAGCCGAGUUCGUCCCGCAGCUGGAGGCCGAGGACGACACCAGCUACUUCGACACGCGCUCAGAACGGUACCGCCACCUGGGCUCUGAGGACGAGGAGACCAACGACGAGGAGUCCUCCGCCGAGAUUCCUCAGUUCUCCUCCUGCUCCCACCGCUUCAGCAAGGUCUACAGCAGCUCUGAGUUCCUGGCCGUGCAGCCCACUCCCACCUUUGCCGAGAGGAGCUUCAGUGUGGACCGGGACGAGGGGUGGGAACGUGGUGGUGAAGGGGACAGUGGCCACCGGCAGAGCACCGAGGUCCGGCUGAGGUCCUGGACAUCCUCUGGGUCCUCCGGUCACUCACCGUCACCUCAACCUGAGCGGGGCCCCAGUCCGUUGCUCCCAAGCAACAUCAGCCUGGACAUGAUGCCCAAAUUCGCCUUCUCAUCUGAGGAUGAGGGAGCAGGCCUAGCCCCUCUGGACCCCAAAAAGCCUGUCUUCAUCCUGGGGGAGCCUGACCCCCCACCGCCGACCACCCCAGUAACACCCAAACCCUCAAACCUUUCUGCUGACACGGCAGCCCUCAGCCACGCACGGCUUCGGAGCAACAGCACGGGCGCCCGGCACUCCACAGCCCGGGCCCUGGACGCCGGCCGGGGCCGCCGACUCGCGGCCACCAGAGAUCCCACCAGUGACAAGCCCAAGGCCGCGCCAGGCGGGGGCGGCAGCAGCGGGGGCCGUGUGCCCAAGUCGGCAUCCGUGUCGGCCCUGUCCCUCAUCAUCACCGCAGACGACGGCGGCAGCGGCGGUCCCCUCAUGAGCCCCCUGUCCCCGCGCUCGCUGUCCUCCAACCCGUCCUCCCGCGACUCCUCGCCCAGCCGGGACCCCUCGCCUGUGUGCGGGAGCCUGCGGCCCCCCGUGGUCAUCCACAGCUCGGGCAAGAAGUACGGCUUCAGCCUGCGCGCGAUCCGCGUCUACAUGGGCGACAGCAACGUCUACACCGUGCACCACGUCGUCUGGAGCGUGGAGGAGGGGAGCCCCGCGCAGGAGGCUGGGCUGCGCGCCGGGGACCUCGUCACGCACAUCAACGGCGAGUCGGUGCUGGGCCUGGUGCACAGGGACGUCGUGGAGCUGCUGCUGAAGAGCGGGAAUAAGAUCUCCCUGCGGACCACGGCGCUGGAGAACACGUCCAUUAGGGUGGGCCCGGCGCGCAAGGACGCGGCGAAGGGGCGCAUGGCGCGACGCAGCAAGCGCAGCCGGCGACGGGAGACGCAGGACCGGCGGAAGUCUCUCUUCAAGAAGAUCUCCAAGCAGUCCUCAGUCCUGCACACGAGCCGCAGCUUCUCCUCGGGCCUCCACCACUCGCUGUCCUCCAGCGAGAGCCUGCCGGGGUCCCCCACCCACAGCCUGUCGCCCAGCCCCACCACACCCUGCCGCAGCCCCGCGCCGGAGGGCAGCACCAACACAGGUGCCCAGAUUAGGGGGUGUAGGAUGGUGAGGAUGGGGAACAGAGGGAGAAGGGCAUGAAAGAAGUGGGGCGGG